CCCUCUCCAGGCAGCACACAGUCACAUUCAACUGAAAAUCAGGAACAGAGCGUAUCAGGUUUCUACAGGACUUGGACUCACGACACACCCCUUGCUGAAUUACUGGAGAUCAGAGAGUUGACUGUCCUUCACAGUCUGACUGAGGAAGGCGCAUCAAGACAGAGCUUGUGCCAUGAGGUGAUCACUCUGUAAACCUGUUUUUUUCUGGCUGAGUCUCCCCACCAGUUUCACCCGCAGACAUGGGGUUAUAUGAGAGCGUGAGGGGUUGGAGGUGGCAGGGCAGCGCUGGAGCGCUGAAGGCUGGAGUGGGAGUGUUGCUGCUGGGGAUCAGCCUGGCACAGUCUGUCCCAAAACAGACUGACUGCCGAGCAGCUGCUGCCCCACAGAGCCUCACCCAGCCCCAGUGCCAGGACACGGCAGACCCCACUGUGGGCUUCAUGGCAGCUCUGGUCCAGUCCUUCCUCCACACAGUCCAGCCUAACCCUUUUCCUAAAGAUCUGAUCCUGAGAGUAUUGGAGGAUUUGGACCAAGUUCAGUCAGAUCAAGAGCUUAUCAAAGAAGCCCUGUUGUAUGAAGUGGGUUUCCUGGUGUGUGCAGCCAUUGGCGUCCUGUACAUCGUCCUGAUGCCCAUAAUUGGUUUCUUCUUGGCGUGCUGUCGCUGCUGUGGCAACUGUGGUGGGAAGAUGUACCAGAAGCAGACGCCCUCCAUUCACUGUCAGAGAAGAACUCUCUACUGGACAGCAUUCGUCACCACAGUCAUUAUUCUUGCCGGCAACAUAUGCAUGUUCAAAAGUAAUGAAGCCGUCAAAGUGAGUGUGGACCAGAGUCAAGUGGAGCUCGACAAAACGAUAGGCAACAUCCACUCCUAUCUCACAGCUGUGCCUCAGCAAAUCGACCAUGUGGUGAAUGAGAGCUACAGAACUAUACAGGAGGUUACCAGAAACCUGGAUUCCAUUGGACCUCAGUUGGGAUCAGAGAUCCAGGAGCGGUUCAGAGGAACUCUGGAACCAGCGUUGCGCUCAGUCAGACUGCUGGACCAAGAGACUGUAAACACGGAUCUUCACCUGAACAAGCUGAACUCAUCUUUGGCCCAGCUGCAGUCCAGUGUGGACCGCCUCCAGGCCAACGUCACUGCUGUUAAAAAUCACAUCAAUCAGACUUUGUCCAAGCCUACCUGCUUCAGCUGCAGUGACCUGCAGUCUGAGCUACAGAAACUAACACUGGAUACCUCCAUCACUUUUCCCAGUUUAAACGAGCUCCAGUCUGCAGUCGAUGAAGUCAUCAAAACAAAUCUCAAAUCCAAAAUCACAGAGGUGGAAGACUAUUUUGACAGCAUCCCACAGAGGGUGACCAAUGACACCAAGGAUGUAGUUCAAAGCAGCAAGCAACAGCUGAAUGACAUCAAAUCACAGAUCUCCCAGGUUACCAAUGACAUCCCUUUAUCUGCUCUGAUGAACGUGUCAGACACUUUGAACGAGUUGCAGAAAGAAAUCGACAGGAUCACACCCGAGGCCGAGAGAAUCGAGCACAUUAGAUGGGGAGUGUGUGUGGCUCUGUGCUGCGUGGUCCUCCUGGUGGUGGCGUGUAACUUCAUGGGUCUGGUGUUGGGCCCUCUGGGUCUGACACCCAAAGCAGACCCCACAAAGCGCUCCUGCACGGCAGAUUGCGGAGGCACUUUCCUCAUGAUGGGUGCUGGUUUUAGCUUCCUCUUCUCCUGGCUGUUCAUGAUCGUGGUGCUGCUGCUGUUCCUGCUCGGUGGGAAUGUGUACACUCUGCUCUGUCGGCCCUGGAGUGACGGACAGCUAUUAAAGCUCCUUGAUACCCCGGAUAUAAUUCCAGGGUUGGACCUAGGUACAACACUUGGGACUGAAAACAUCAAUAUCUCUGAUAUCUACAGAGACUGUAAGGAAAACCAGUCUCUGUGGACAACACUCCACCUGUAUGAGCUCAUAAACCUUGAGGACCUGCUCAAUGUAUCUAAGUACACAGAGCAGAUCCAGCAGCGCUUUGAGGACACAGACAUCUCUCUGUCCAACGUCACUCUCCUGAGCCCCGAAGUUACAAAACAGCUCAGCAGCUUCUCCAACAAGGUUACGAAUGUUGACACCACUGCGGUCACACAGCAGAUGAACAAGAUUUCCAGCAUCAAUCUGAAUACAACAGCAGAUGAACUUGAUAAUCUUGCUCAUAUACAAUCAAAUGCUGAUAUUCAAAAGGAGCUCCGAGAUGAGGCCAGGGAGCUGAGGGAGAUCCAGGCCGACAUAGAAACAACCAUCAUCCCAAAGCUGGAUACCUUGAACUCGACCAUCAAGAGCCUUGAAUCCGAAGCUAAAAUGAUCAAUGGAACAGUGGGGGAGGUGCUGAUCAACGUGGGAGCAGCACAAGACUUCCUUAACACAAAUACGACACAGAUCGUCAAGACCGAGAGCAGAACGUUUUUGGACUGUCAGCUGGGUUACUUCACUGUUUAUGCUGACUGGGCCAACCAGACGAUCACACAGCAGGUGGGCCGCUGUGGGCCGGUGGCGGGAGCUGUGGACUCUGUCGAGAUUAUCCUCUGCUCACACAUCGUGGAGUCUCUGAAUGCGUUCUGGUUCAGUUUGGGCUGGUGCAUGAUCUUCUUCAUCCCCAGCAUCAUCGUCUCUAUCAAACUAGCCAAGUACUACAGGAAAAUGAAGUACUCGGAUGUCUAUGACAACCACAUAGUUAUGAAUCACAUCCCGCGAGCACAGAUGAAAUACCCAUAAGAGGACAGCACGCGUGGGUUACAGCCUCGAUAAACUGCAUGCAUAACCGUGGCAUCGCUCGACAAAAACAUGACACAUGGUGCACUCCUGCACAGAUGUGCCGCUCUGGUGAAAAGUCUCAAACUGAAAAAAAAAGACUUAAAUAACUAUGUUUUUUUUAAUUCAAAUUUUCUCCAUACGGGUGGAGAAGCAAAGCGACUGCAGUGGUCAUAUUAUAGAUGUCAAAUAUCACACAGGAUAUUUGAAUUGACCUCAGGGGACACAGGGCAUAAGGGAAUCUGCAGGGAUUUUACCAUCAAUUUUAAAUGAACAUUUCAAAGAAUUUUAUUGUAUUACAUAAAUGUUUUUUUAUAUUUAAUGUGUGAACUGGGCCACUGCUGGAUUUUGAGAUUAUCUGCUACACAUUUCAAUUUGCAAAGAAGAGUUUUGUUGAGAGUUUAUCACAUUUACACAUUUCUAUAAAGUGAUGUUAGUGUGCAGUGCAGCAGUGUGUUACUAUGCCAACAGGCUUUUUAUACUGUGCUUGUCUCUGUCUGCUCACUGCCAUGGUUUGGCAACCUAAUUCCAAUGGGAAACACUUUUUAUUUAAAUUCUUAAUUACACUUGCACUAAUUUUGAAAAUCAAAGCACAAUUUUCUGUAUGAAUCAUGAAAUGAAUAUACUUUGUUGUGUGACAGAUGUGACGGAGAUAACUUAUGUCACUGCUGUUUGCAAACUAUACAAUGCACAUUUUGCUUGCAGAUGUUUUUGUACAUAUUGAUUUUUGACUGAUGUGAUGUUCAUGUGUGAUUCACAUGUUCGACAACGACGAUUUUUGUACUUUGUGCUUAAAAGUAGAUUGUGUUUUGUUUCUGUUAUGCAGCACUUUAAAUGGCCUGUCUGUUCAACGUGAUUAAAAGGUUGUGAACAUUUCUGCCAGUGAAAACUACAGUAAAAACUGACACCCAUCAACAAA